AUGGACCGGUUUAAGGAGCAACGGCGGCCGAAUUUCGACGGCGAUGAAUCUCCGCCACCUGAUUUUGACGGCGGAGAUGAAGAUCGUGGUGUUGGGGAGGAAGAUGGAGGGACUCCGGAGCCUUUCGCGGGAGGUAAAGUCAGGAGGAAAGCGUCUCGUUAUAGAGAGCACCGUGGUGACUAUCUUCACGUUUCCUCGCGUCCUGGAUUGAUGCGGAUUCUCGAGAAACAAGGUGAUACGUCGAUUCUUUUCGCUGAUAAAGUUUUGAAGUUCACUGGCUCUGGGAAGAUGAAAAGGCGUAUUUUUAUCCUCACAGACUUUGCUAUCUAUCUAAUUGAUCCCGAGACUGAAGCUAUGACCCGGCGAAUAGCCCUGGCAGCGGUAGAAAAGAUGUGUUUGAGCAAAUUGAGUGAUAACUUCUUCGCUAUCAUUAUUCCCACGGAAUAUGAUCUAUUCAUGGCUAGCACUAGAAAGACUGAACUUGUUCAGGUCAUGGUAGAUGUGACUAAAAGUGCAUCUGACUAUGAACUUGAAGUGCUUCUCUCUAACAGAUUUGAGUACAAUGCUUCUGCCUCAUUAGUAAAGGAAGUUUCCUUUGAGGAAGCUGAAGGGGGUAUCAGGACCAGAUUUAUGUGGAAGUGA